GCCAUUAUGCAUUCAUUAGCANNNNACAGCAAAUGCAUAAACGCUGUUCAGGUGCCACUGGGCAUUCACCAACAAGACAUCAUCACUCAUGACACUCACAACUUUGUGCACUUUUAUGAUGCAACCGUUCAUCUACGCCAUCACUACCACCCAAAAACUUUGCCUUCGCUAAUCAACUGUGCUGAGGAAUGCGUCAAAAAGAAAGCUAAGUGCAAUGCGUUCGAAUACGAUCAAGAUCAACAACGAUGUCGGAUGUAUCGCGUCAUCGAAUACGGUGGCCCUGUCGUGCCAGAUGUCUACGUCAAAAACGUUAAACAAAUCCCACUUCCUAACGUUUGUUUCACUGAGGCAUUUGCCAAAGAGAUUAUUGAGGCAUUGGGUAGAGAGCAUUCUUCAACUGCAUCUCAAUUGCCACAGAAUAUUAUUGUUCCUUAA